GUGAAGCUGACGAGUGGUUCGCUGUCCUGUUGGAAGGUGACGGAGUUGGUGCUCGACAACUGCCGAUCCAGCAACGGCGAAAUCGAAGGUCUGAAUGAUUCCUUUAAAGAACUGGAGUUCCUUAGCAUGGCCAAUGUAGAGCUGACGUCGCUGGCCAAGCUUCCCACGUUGAGUAAGCUCCGAAAGUUGGAGUUGAGUGACAACAUCAUUUCAGGAGGCCUGGAGGUCCUUGCAGAAAGAUGUCCAAAUCUCACAUAUCUAAAUCUAAGUGGCAACAAAAUCAAAGAUCUUGGCACUGUGGAAGCUCUUCAAAAUCUCAAAAACUUGAAGAGCCUUGACCUGUUCAACUGUGAGAUUACGAACCUCGAGGAUUACAGAGACAGCAUUUUUGAGCUGCUUCAGCAAAUCACGUACCUAGAUGGCUUUGAUCAGGAAGAUAACGAGGCACCGGACUCGGAAGAUGAUGAUGAUGAGGGAGAUGAAGAUGACGAUGAUGAAGAUGAGGAUGAAGCUGGUCCUCCAGGAGAAUAUGAAGAGGAAGAUGAUGAAGAUGACGGUGGUUCAGAUUUGGGGGAAGGUGAAGAGGAGGAGGAAGUUGGUCUUUCAUACCUGAUGAAAGAAGAGAUUCAGGAUGAAGAUGAUGAUGAUGACUAUGUUGAAGAAGGAGGUGAUGAGGAGGAAGAAGCAGAGGGCAUCCGAGGGGAGAAGAGGAAACGAGAGCCUGAAGACGAAGGCGAGGAAGAGGAUGAUUAAUUUGUUAUAGACACAAGUAGGACCAGACUCUUCAGUUACAGAAUACGCAAUAGUGAUUAUGCAGAUCUGUAUGUCUCCAUGUACCAUAGAUGUCCCUACAGAAGAUAAUAUGUUAACUUUUUAUAGGAGAAGUGUGGUUUUACUAUUCUUGCCCUUUUUAUCAUUCCAAAUAAGAUAUAAUAGCCUGUUAGUGAACCUAUAUGUAGAAAACAAUUUUCAGCCCUAUAAUUACUGAAGCCAUGGUCAAGUUUUUCCCCCUAGACUUUUAUUUGGAGCUCUUUAAUUUCAUACAAGCUUGCUGUGUUGGUCAUCAUUAGCCCAGAGUUAAAACACCCUUUUCAACAUGGGUUUAAUAUUGUGAAUUUCCUUCAAGAUUAUUUAAAGUUUUUAUACUUAAAAAGCUGAACUCAAAAAUGCUAUAUGGCAAAUUCUAGUC